CUCCGUCUGUUGGUCGGCCGCUCUGCCUGUCAGCGAGUUUUUCGUAUCGUACUCGGGUUGGGUUGUGCUGUGUGUGUGUGUGCGUGUGUGUGUGUGUGCGUGUGUGUGUGUUGUAUGACGUUCUCUCUGACAUGAGGGGGAAAGCUCCUGUAUGUCUGUAGGUUAACUCAGAGAUGUGAGCACAGCCACUCUCUCGUUCAGACCUCCCCUUUCUCUCUGUUUGUACGGAUUGCUCCGCGCUGCUCGAUGACUGGACCUUGGGCAGUAAUACUGAACUCUGAAAUUCCAGGUUAGACGGAUGUGUCUGAAGGAUGAAUGACAAAUCAAAUGCCCGAAAGGUUCGUAAUGCGGACAUCAACCCCUGCAUUGAGGAGAGCGAUGGUUCACAAAAGUGCCUGGAUGCAUAUAACUACAAUAAGGACAUGUGCUCUGCAUACUUCUUGAAGUAUAAGAAUUGCAGGAAGUACUGGCAUGGUGUAAUGCUACAACGCAGGCGUGAAGGAAUAAAGCCAGACAUGCCUACACUUAAAGAGAGGGAAGAAAUAAUAGCUGCUCUGGGAGGGAAGCCCUACUGACACACAGUGAACUCAGUUUCCCAGAGUGCUCUUCUAUUGUGCUUGUCAUGUAUUAGUGGAGCAUAUAUUGUGCCUUCCAGAAGGUGCUGUACGCGUGGAUGAGCACGUCCUUCCAAAACGAAGACUUAAAGACUUUAUUUACUCUGCCAAACACUGGGGUUGUGUGUGUGUGUUUGUUAAAGAUAUUUGUGUGAAAUAAAGUGUGAAAGUGUUUCCAUUGUGUAUAGUAAUGCACAGCACCAGCGAAAGUGCAGGGUAAUGUGAUUGAACGCUGCAAAAGAGAUGGACAUCGUCCAUUGGUUAUAUAUAUGCAAAUGGAUCUAAUAAAGAAAUAAAAAAUGUACUGUGUAAAAAUGUAA